AUGGCGCGGGUUGACACGCCAUUCCAAACAGUAUCAGUUAAACCGAAAAGUGCUAAUUUCUGCAGAUUUCUUUUACUUAUUAUAAUAACGACCUUGUUUACUGUCGCGUAUUUUAUAUCGAAGAGACCGUUGGACGGUUUGGGCGACCCAUCUGACCAGUUCACAGUUAAAAACGUGCCGAGUUACACCAGAUUGGAACUUUUAGAUCCUGAAGAAAGGGAGGUAUUUCAAGGGUUUCGAACGUCGUUUCUGCCUCCUGAUGAACUAAUACUUUCUCGGAAAGGUCGCAAGUUGGAGCUCCAUCAGGGUGAAGUAACAAGCGAUAUAUUAAUUUGGGAUAACAUUGGUAACGGAGCACGACCACCGACUAGAGUAAAACGAAAAAGCCAUUUCAGUUCCACUUCACAGGACUAUGCACAAGAAAGCCAGACACCUUACAAAGGUACUUAUGAGGAUAACGAAGCAGAAGGAGGUGGUGAUGAAGCAGAAGAAGGCGAAGAUGAGGAUAUAGUUGAAUCAGAAUACGAAAGUGAUUCCCAUGAGCCAGAUGGUGAUGGCAGAAACUUACACAGUGUCGUGCAUCAGGAAAUAUACGUCGACCGUGGUCCGUUGGAUGAUGUUGAACAAGUACGUCGCCAGCCUGAACUUGAAGAAGGUGAAAUGGGCUCAGCAGCUCAUGUUUAUAAACCAGUCAAAUCUUACAGCGGAAAAGGUAUACAUGCUUUUUGGAAAGGUCAAGGAGAAAAAGAAACAAUAAGGCUAACUCAAGCAAAUAUAAUGAAGCAAUACAUGGACGCUGGAGCAGAUCCUUGUCAUGACUUUUAUCAGUAUGCUUGUGGGAAUUGGCCUACUCUUAACCCCAUUCCAGCUGAUAAAGCUGGCUACGACACUUUUGAAAUGUUAAGAGAAAAUUUAGAUACAGUUUUGAAAGAUCUAUUAGAAUUCAAGAAAAAUGAAUACGUAUCUACUACUUAUCCUGGGCCACAUUUACAUAUGCAAGAUAACUUUUUAACAGUGAUGCACUACUCAAAAUGUCCCAGCAAACCACUUGAAGUAGACUUUGAUGUCAUUGUAACGAAUACUGAUGAAGUCGAUAGUUCAGCGGAAAUUAAAAAUAAUUAUGAGUUUAAUAACACAAAGGAGGACAAGUCAGAAAUAAUAAAUCGUAUUCGUAGAUAUUUGGACAAAAAGGCAAAAAAAUUAAAGAAACCAACGAACAUUAAAUUAAACAAAUAUUUAUUAGAUAAUGAACGCACGCAACGCACGCGUUAUUUAAAUAGACAUAGAAGCUAUCUUAAAAGCAAUCAUAAAACUGAUGAAAGAAGAACUAUAAAAAAACGUUCCAUUAGUUGGGUUGGAGACAAUAAACAAAAAAAAAGUUAUUUUAAAAGAUUGAAAAGAAUAGAACCUGUAGGAACUAUAAUAUUAAAAGUCCAGGAAACAAAUGAAAAAGAUACAAAUUUUUUAACGAAUGAUGCCGCCUUAAAAGCAAGAUUUCUCUUCAAAUCCUGCAUGAAUCAUGAAAUUUUGAAAAUAAGAGGGCAUCAACCCCUUUUAGAUUUACUGGAUUCAUUAGGUGGGUGGCCAAUAUUGAAUCCUGAUUGGACUGGAAAGGAUUUCGAUUGGUUAGAACUCAUGGCUAAGCUUAGACUAUACAAUAACGACAUUCUAAUAUCGGAAUGGGUUGGUCCCGAUAUUAAAAAUUCUGAUGAAUUCGUUAUUCAAUUUGAUCAAACCAGCUUAGGUUUACCAACAAGAGAUUAUUUUCUCCAAAAAUCCAACAAAGUUUAUCUAGAUGCAUAUAAGGAGUACUUAACAAAAAUAGCAUUACUACUUGGUGGUGAUGCUAAGCACGUUAUAGCUAGUGCAGAAAAACUAAUUCAAUUUGAAAUCGAAUUGGCAAAAAUAACCUCAGCACCAGAAGACAGACGUAAUGUUUCAGAACUCUACAGACGUAUGACUCUGGCAAAGAUGGAAGGAUUGGUUCCUCAGAUACAUUGGAGAAGAUACCUGUGCAUUGUCAUGAAUAGGACUGUAGAGGCUCAAGAAACGGUCGUGCUAUUUGCACUUAAUUAUGUCAGACACUUAGUACAAUUGAUAAAGAAAACGGAUCAUAGCACUUUAUCGAAUUACCUGCUGUGGCGGUUCGUGAGGCACCGAGUGAACAACCUGGAUGAUCGCUUCCAAUCUGCCAAACAACAAUUCUAUUACAUUUUAUUCGGCCGAGAGCAAGCGCCGUCAAGAUGGAAAAACUGCAUAUCACAAGUAAACUCCAAUAUGGGAAUGGCAUUAGGCUCGAUGUUUGUGCGAAAAUAUUUCGACGAGAUGAGUAAAAACGACACAUUGACGAUGACUAUAGAAAUACAACAAGCUUUCCGAGAACUAUUACAUACCACUAACUGGAUAGACGAUGAAACUAAAAAACUAGCAGGGCAUAAAGUAGAUUCAAUGAUGUUGAGGAUUGGCUAUCCGGAUUUCAUAUUGAACAAGGAGGAACUGGAUGAGCGGUAUAUAGAAGUAAAGAUACAUCCGGAUAAAUAUUUCGAGAACAUAUUGAAUAUUCUUCAGCAUUUGACGAAAAUGGAACAAUCAAGGAUUGGGCAGCCCGUGAACAAAACUUUAUGGAACACUGCACCAGCGGUGGUGAACGCUUACUACAGCCGGAACAAGAAUCAGAUCAUGUUCCCAGCCGGUAUCCUUCAACCGCCAUUUUAUCACAGGCACUUUCCCAGGUCCCUCAACUUUGGAGGGAUAGGUGUUGUUAUAGGUCAUGAAAUAACGCACGGUUUCGACGACAAGGGCCGUCUGUUUGACUGCGAAGGCAAUCUUCAUCGAUGGUGGUCUGACAAAGCCAUAGAGGUGUUCCACAAGCGUGCACAGUGCCUUAUCAAUCAGUACGGGAUGUACAUCGUGCCUGAGGUCAAUAUGAAGUUGGACGGAGUAAAUACGCAAGGUGAAAACAUAGCAGACAACGGUGGCGUGAAACAAGCUUUCCACGCGUACCAAGACUGGCUUCUGCAUCACGAUGCAGCUGAUGAAACCCUUCCUGGGCUCAAUCACACUCACAAACAGCUAUUCUUCUUGAACUUCGCGCAAGUAUGGUGCGGAGCUAUGCGACCAGAAGCGAUGCGUAAUAAACUGAAAACAGCCGUCCACUCUCCAGGCAGAUUCAGAGUUAUUGGAACGCUUUCCAACUCUCUGGACUUUGCUAGAGAGUUCCAGUGUCCACCUGGCUCACCUAUGAACCCUGAACACAAAUGUAGUGUUUGGUGACGAAGUAUGUAAUCCUUAUGAACAGAACCUAUAUGAGGUUCUGUUCAUGAGGAUUAUCGUGAAAAAACCUAUUCUAUCAAUAUCAUGAAUGGAUAGUAAAUUUUGGCACUUGAAUAAUAGCCUUCCACAAGACGCAUCCAAAAAUACGCAACUCAUAAUCUACAUUGGCGUUUUGCUGGGUCGUCCGAAAGUACCUAACCUACCAAUCCGUAUUAGGACGGUAUGGAGAGUAUAUUCUCUAAAACCGUCUCUCCUAUUAUCUCUAAUAGGAGGCAUGUACCCAGAAGUGGGAUUUUAAUAAACUAAUAAUAAUGUUGAUGAUGAUUCAAUUUAAAAAAAAAAUGCUUUUUUGUCUGGCAAUGAAAGUUUCUAUUUCAAUUCUGGAUUAAUGAAUACAUUUAGUUAUUCAUUCAAAAUAGAUCCGCCUUUUAGUGUUAUAUUAAUUUUAUUUUAGGUAACGAUUAAGUUGUUAUAACCU